GUUUUAAAGACAGGACCUGACUGCCUUUCCCGGUCCGCUCCUCAUGCUUGAAAUAAACAGGAAGCUGAAGCUAACCCAAACAACUCCUCCGUAUGUAAGAAACAGCGCAGAAAUAUCGUGUUUUAUUGCUUUUUACACACGCGUGUUUAAUUCGAGGCGGGCAUGCUGCUGUUCUGCCCAACCUGUGGGAACGUGUUAAUCGUGGAGGAGGGACAGCGGUGCAUGAGAUUUGCGUGUAACACUUGUCCUUACGUUCACAACAUCACGAGAAAGGUCAAUAACAGAAAGUAUCCAAAGUUAAAAGAGGUGGAUGAUGUUCUUGGUGGAGCUGCAGCGUGGGAGAACGUGGACUCGACGGCAGAAACUUGUCCCAAGUGUGGACAUGCUCGGGCGUAUUUCAUGCAGAUUCAGACGAGAUCAGCAGACGAGCCGAUGACGACGUUCUACAAAUGCUGCCACAUACAGUGUGGACAUCGAUGGAGAGACUGACACUUUUGCACUUUGACAGUUUUCAUGCACAUAGGCUGUUUUUUUUUUAGAGUUGAUUUAUGAGAAAUAGGCUCCACUGGUUGUAAAAAAUACUUUUCCUUUCUCUGUGUGCGUCAGCACUAGAGGUUGACCGAUGUGGCUUUUUUCCAAGAGGCGAUGCCGAUUUAGUUUUUUAGAAAUCAGGGCAGCUGAUGACUGAUAAUUGAUGCCGGUUUUUCCCCACCCCCAUAAAUUAAUUUAACCACUACCUAAUAUAAUAUGUUUUAUGAUGACAAAUAACAGCAAAACCUGACUUCAGUUACCAACAAAACUAAUGGUCAGUACAGCAAUGGCAUUUUUAGUAGAAAAAAGGUAUAAAUUACAAGAAACAGGCCAUCGAAAAACAAACCAAAAUGAAUCAGUUUCAGCAAAGAACCAGCUUGUUUUAAUUAUAAAAAAAACAAGACUUGCUGAUUAAUUGUUUAAUCAAAUAAUCAUUGCAACCCAAAUAAUAAUUACUAAAAAUGUCAACUAUCAGCCCAACCAGUUAAUCGGUCUACCUCUAGUUGGCACAGACACAUUUCCUAAAAUUACUGUACAUGUAGCAUAAAAUCCAAAUAAAAUUGUGUCAAUGACAAAGAAACAAUCCUUCAGACUUUUAUUGAUAAAAUAUUACCUGUAUACAACCGUCAAACAAAUUUUGACUUACAUAGUUUAAUACAUAUCACAGACAUUUAGAGAGCAGUGCAGACCAGCAUUAUCCACAACAAUGGCAUAAUAUACAGUACUUGGUAUUAAAACUUCAUUGCAGAGUGGACCUUCUUACAGAGUUUAUCUCACUUCCAGAGAAGAAGAAGAAAACACACACAGAGUUAAGGAUCUAGUUAGUGUUAAUUAGUCAUUUCAAUGAGUGGCUCAUGCAGACAAACUGCACAUGAAUGACUGAAGGUGACUGGCAGGUUAGACAUGCUGUGGUGGAACAAUGUCUAUUUAUUUUAUUUUAUUUAUUUUUUUGCAAUAUAUCGGGUAACAGUCGUUAAUUUGAAGCUUAUUCUCGGCAGAAAAGUUUUACCCUAUUUCAUAUUUAGAUUAGUCAACAGAUGUCUUACUUUGCUAUGUAACAUGCAUCUACGCAAUGCAGUGAUUCUUAAAGGGCUGAUGUCGAAUUAAAUAGGUGAUGAUGGUUUUGUCUACUAGUGUUUUUUAUUUUAAAACUAGGUACUUGGAUGGGCAUUUCUCGCAAAAAGAAAAGCUAUUCGAGUACUAACUGUAUUGUGUGAGUUAGUGAAAGAGAUGCAGGCUUCACAGUGUAUUGAGCUAACAAGAUGCAUUCAAAGACCCUGGUAAAUUCCACCACUUCCAAACCUUUGUACAUUUAAUCACUUCUGCAAACGCAGGUGAAGUCAACUAACUAGGCUGACAUUUAUUUUAAGUCUUUUCAAUAUAUUUAGAGUAGUCACAGUAACUGAUCGACUUUUUUUAUAAUCAAUCAUGCCCAUCGGCAUGAGGUACCAGUUCGUCAUAUAGCGGCAGCAAAAACAUGGAAAGAAGCGUUGUUUCAAUCAUUUAAGGAUCAGGUAUCGAGUCAGAAGUAUCGCUUACGUGCCUUUCUUUCUACCUUAGCCUUAACAACAUCUGGCCACAUGAGAGAGAGUGAUCGUGAAAACGGGAUUUACACGGAAGGACACGGACAACAGACGAUGUGCAAUCUUUUACUUGUGAAAUGAUAUAGAGUUUUUACCCAAUUUUGAAAUGAAUAAUUGAUUUUUCGUCUAAGUGUUGUCGUGUUGUGAUUUAACAUUUUGGUUGGAAGUUUAAAAUGGGCCGGGGAAGAUUCUAACAUUUGGGAAUCCCUGGUACAGAAGAUGGAACACAGUGACAUGUAGCAUUUUUCUUAAGCUUUCUUUACACACAAGACUUUAACAACAGCCAUCUUUAAACCACUCAGAGUACGACAUAGGACCACCCUUUAGCCUCCAACAAAGAAAUCGCCACCAGAGUUUCACGUUUGGCCAUCUUUCGUCAGGGACGACACAAAAUUGGACAAUAUACCAGGCAUAAAGGCAGGUUUAAAAAUUGGACAAAAACCCUCAUAUCCAAAGUAAAAUGUGUAUUGAAACCAAACUAAAUCAAGACCAUUUCCAGAAUCUUAGUCGAUUCUGGAAAUCACGAGUGAAACGGAGCCCUCGUAGAAACGUGUAGCUAAAGGACGCAAGAUCACUGACGAGACGCACCGUCUGUCGUGUCCACUUCAACACUGCGAUAGUCAAAAUAAGUGCAUGUAUAGAAAAAUUCACUGAGCAAGCAACAAACCAAGUGAGUCAAAAAAUCCCACGCUGCCUUUCCUUGGUUAAACUUUAUAAAUUGUAUAUUUUUACCUCAGACGAACAAUUGGCCGAGGUUGAGAGGUUUUAACAUCGGAAAAAGGUGAAUUUCAACUUAAAGUGCAAAUGUUAGCUUGAUUCUCAAAAACAAAAGCAGAGCAUAGAUGGAGAUUAAAAAAAUAAAACUGAAAAAUUAACAGGUAACAGGACGAGGCAGUGAAUAGUUAUGUAUGUAUGAAAAUGUGAGAGUCACAUGCUGAUGUGUCAGACUCAAUCCUCCACUGCUGUCGCUGCAUUAAAAGAGUUCACAAACUUGUACAAUCAAUGCCAAGAUACAGUGAAGCUGCUGGUAUGAAUGGAUGAAUCCCAGUGUCUUUUCUUUUUUGUUUUUUAACGUUUAAUACUUAUUUUUUGUGAUCUGUAAAAUACACUCAUCAGGAUGAAAAUUGCUCACAUUCAGAGGGACCGCGACAGUAAAAGGAAAAUUAAAAAAAACAUGUCUGUUGUAGUAAUGAGGAAAAUGUUCACAGUUCUCAACAGAAACAAAAACAAAAACAUUAUU